AUGUCAUUCGCUAUGCCGUUCACCAUACGAUCCGCCGCUUGCCCCUUUGCUCGAUAUUUUCUCAUGGCAGGACCACCAAAGGUCAUCCCGUUGUGCCGUUCUCACCGAUGCCAAUACAGCAUGCUAUCUGCUGGAGAUACCUUCCGCGGUGAAUGUGGCCUCACAUACCGCUUGGUACGCCCAUUGGGGUCCGACUCUCGCAACAACGUCUGGAAUGCGGUCGACGCAUCUCGCGAAACGAGCCAGUACAUCGCAAAAGGACCUUCCGACGGCGAUGACAAGUCCCGCGACUGGCUGGCGUUCCAACACGAACUCGACAUGCAGAGGCUCUUUGCUAAAGCGCCCAUGAUCCGAGAGAUCGUCGACUUCGUCCCCAUCUCUGAGUCGGCCGGUCCUCUGAUGAUUCUCGAGCCGAUGCCCAUGACCUUAUGGGAGGCCCGCAACACGCGUCGUUUGACCAAGCGGGAGAUCAAGUGGAUCAUGAGGGGAAUCCUCCUAGGUAUCGGCGCGGUCCAUGCCAAACGUAUGGUCUUUAGUGACUUGAAAAUGGAGAAUGUGGGCGUUGGGGGGUUCGACGCCGCGAACCCCAAUUCCAACGUUCACGAAAUCAUUGUCCUGCUCAUGGACUUGGGCUCUAUCAGUCCACCUUCUGACAGGGAGAUCACAUCCCUCACCUACCGAAGCCCCGAAGUCCAUUUCGGGAAACCGUGGGACCAGAGUACGGACAUCUGGUCGUGGGGUGUCAUCGUAACCCCUGCCCAGCUGGCCCAGUUGCUCCAGGCCGCCGUCGACCCUGAGUCUCCAGGCCUGUACGACAACGUCACUAGGGGAACACUGGAAGAAAAGACACGGGCAGUUCGCGACAGACUGGCGGUGGAUUUCGAUCUGCACUCGGUGCCAUUCUACGCACACGACGAGAAAUGCCGAGCCUUGCUACCGCCGCCUCGACCAGAUGAGGCUUACAUGUGGGCGAACAGCAUGGUUGAGAAGGGUGUUUCCGGCGAAGACAUCCAGUUCCUUGUCGAGGUCCUCCAUCCGGACCCUGCGUGUCGAUUGAAUGUCAGGGAGGUCCUCGAGAGCGGUCACUUUGAACUCUAA